AUGCUUCCGGAAGACAAAAUAGCGGUGCCAAUAUCAGUCUCUCCGAAUUUUACUGCGGACUUCCCUGGCAAUAACACUACACCGGAACCAAUUGGAUUUUGUUGCGACACCUCAAAAAACGUAGUUAAGAUUCUCUUGACGGCAGUUGCCUGUUUGGGGCUAGUAACAAACUGCAUGAUUGUCAUCGUCCUUACUCAACUUCGGGGAUCGCAUCCUGUGGGUAGUGGGGAGCGCUCAGCGAGGUUCAACCUCCUGGGUCUAGCGAUCGCCGAUUUCUGCAUUUGCCUUUCAACUCUUCCUCUUAUCUACUCCAAAAGAACCUACAAAAAGAAUGACAUCAUGCUAUACUACACAUUGUUUGGUCCAGGCCUUGUGUCCACUUUCCUUACCGUUAGUGCAUGGAUGGUAGUUCUCGUUUCCAUUCUCAGGUACCUAGCCGUUUGUUGGCCUCUAAAAUCCCGCUUCUACCUUCGCUGCAGAAGUGUCAUUUAUGCUAUUGUGUCCAUUUACUUUGCUGCAUUUAUCUUCAAUUUUCCUCUGUUUCUUCAGUACGAUUAUGAAGAAAUUGUCCCUUUUGAACAUGAGACACAACUUAUGGGUGAUAUCAAGUUUGUGCAUAUUGUUGACCGAAUUUACCCACAUUCCGAUUUACUGAAAGACAUUUACAAUAUUGCGUACAUUAUUUGCACCAAUGUUGGACCUUUUAUAGUCGUACUGGUAACAAACAUCUCCGUAAUAGUUGCUUGCAAAAGAAGCGAAAUAAUUUGCGAGAAUUUCGGGAAUGCAGAGCAAUUAAGAUUGACUAGACCGCCGACUAGUUCCUCUGUAAGCUCGCCUAACAAUCAGCAAGUGGAAACUUCAAAUUUACAAAAUGUCUUUAAUGCUCAACCGCCAUCUACAACCUCUCAACAACGGACCAUUCAGCGUUGUCACAAUCUGAGACCUCGAGCUCUUCACAGAGUCACACCUCUGCUGCUGGCUGUCAUUUUUGCAUUUCUGCUCCUCUCCACACCCUUCGGAAUAGUCCAGUUUGUUUGUCUUAAACUGAUCGACAAAAUUGGUCACAGAAUAAGUGAAAACAAUCAACUACUUCAACAAUACUUUAUUCUUAACCGUCUCCUUGAAUGGACAAACUUUCUCCAAGUUUUCGGCUGUGCAGUGAACUUCUUCCUUUACUUCAUGGUCUCGCAAACCUUCCGACGCACCACUAGGCGCACAUUUCGACGGAUCCUUCAGCGUUUCCGAAGACGUAGAGGUCUAAGCCAUUUGUGCGCUUACAUAUUUUCGGUGUGUUGUUGUGAAGAGCGACGAUCGUGUAAGAAUGAGGCCUAUAUUGUACGUGUCUACUCCCCGAUUGAGUGUAAAAAUCACCAAAGGCACGCACGGCCGGUGAAACCUUUACCCUUGUACCAUGAAAGGAAUCUUAUGUCACCACAUCUGGAUCUGAAACAGCACCUUCGUCCUAAAUCAAAGUCCUCAGGAUCAGCUAACAGUGUAACUAAGGAGGCAGAACGAAUUGAGCUACAAAUGCAGGAGGGUAUGAAAUAA